AUGGACGGCAACGAUGCCAUGAAGCUCCUGGUGCCCACUGCGGCUUUUGCUGUCGGAGUCGGACUGUUGUUGUACUUCUGGCCAAGGCCACCGAAGGUCUUCCUGACGCGGGAGCGGAAGCGAGUACAGGUGUCUGAUGUCGUGGAGCUGUCCCAUGACACAAAACGAAUCCGGCUCUCUUUCGGAAGCAAGAAGAUGAUUCUUGGUUUGCCUGUGGGCAAGCACAUCGUCAUCUAUGCCCCGAAUCCCCCCAGUGCCAUCUCGUCGAAGAGUUGGAACGGAAAGCCGGACCAAGACAAAGGCAAGCCUGAGAUUGACAGGAAGUACACACCUGUCACCGGAAACGAGGCGCCAGGCUACGUUGAUCUCGUAGUCAAAAUCUACAGGCCCGGAACGGUCAAAAUGCCGGAUGGCAAGGAGAUGAAGUGGGAAGACGGUGGCAAGAUGGGCCUCUACCUCGACAGCAAGAAGCCUGGAGAUUGGAUCGAGAUUGCAGGGCCACUUGGUGUCAACGAGUACCUGGGCCAAGGAACUUUCAAACUUCCGGGUAAGACUGUAACCGUCAAACACAUUGGGAUGUUGGCGGGAGGAACUGGGCUGACCCCGAUGCUCCAGGUGGUGCAAGCCGCGCUUCGAGAUGCUAGUGACUCUUGCAACUUUUAUUUGAUUUAUGCAAACAAGACUGAGAAUGAUAUCUUGUGCCGCGACAUGCUCGACGACCUCGCCAGGAAUAGCAAAGGUCGGUUUAAACUGUACUACACCUUGGAUUUUCCGCCCGAGAACUGGGCGCACAAGACCGGCUUCAUCACCGCCGACAUCCAGACCGCUACUAGGCGCCAGGAGGCCGGGCCAGCGAGCAUGAACAAGAUACCCCGCGGUCGCAUCCCCGCUAGCGAUGCGGCGGCGGAAGGAAGCAUCAUCUCUGUUCCGGAGACAGACUGUAUCCCCAUACCGAAUUUCGGAGCAUCCAAGGAUCGGAACGGAGGGAGCGCCGCCCAGAGCGACAGCACAGACGCGCGGACGUCGGCUCCGAGCUCACUCCGCGUCACAGGGGAGGCCUCCUCGAGUCAGCCGCAGGGUGAUGCCCACACGGCAAGGACCCCGCGAUCGGAAGAUGACAAGGCCACAGAUGCCGACACGAGCAGCAGUAGUGCUGCCGAGGAUCGCGAAGCGGCUUUUCUAUUGGGUCCGUCAGAGUUCCCCAGCAAGUUGGUGUUCUCGGCAUCGAGGUUGCCCGGCGUGGGAUGGAACAGCUUUGAUACUCGCGUGGAGGGUUUCAGCUCUCAGAGGCAAGUUGCUCUCAGCGAUGUUCUACGCCUGAAUCAGGGUCUGGAAGGGCAGCAGCUCUCGUUCGGCUCUGCUUUGCACAUGGGCGACGGGGUGGAUCCGCUUUGCCUUGUUUGUAGUUACCACAAGCCGCCGAGACGCUUCUGCACGAAAGGUGCUUUUUGCGACUUUUGCCAUCUACACAGUGGUCGAAGAAAGAAGAAACCAAAGGCUCAGGCUAGUCAAGCCUGGCCACCAGAUGUGCCCGUGGCAUACGGUUUGCAGAGACCACCUCAGCCCGAGCUCUCGCACAGGACAGCCGAGUGGUUGUCACCUGGACUCAUUUCGACCAUCGGAGCCCAAAAAAAACCCAUGGUUACAUUCUAA